AUGUGCCUUGGUCCAGGAGGGUCCGCGGCUUCUAGGGCAUGGGGUGAAGGGGCUAAAGCGGAUAAUCAGCAAUGGGCUCAGUUUGCCGAGUCGUGGUGGAAGGCGUUCCACAGACGGAGGCCUGUGACCGCCUCUAAGGCGGCAACUAGUCGAAGGUCGCAAGAGGAGGAGGAAGAGGACGUAUCAACAGAUGACAUUGACUGGAGUGAAGAGCCUACCCUGCCGGCAGUCCCCCCGAUGCAGCUCGCGCCGACUCAACACGUCGCUGCCUCUCUUAACCCUGUACCGUGGCACAGCAGCAGAGCCUUCUGUGAAGAAGUCAGUGUCAACCUCCCUUACUCCGUUCUCGAAGGCAGAGAGCCCGGCCGGCUCACUGGGUCGGUCCUUUUCCGCUGUGGGAAUCACGAAGAGCCCGACGGCGAAGGUGGCGACCUCCCAGCCGCUUACGCCGCUGCAGGCCUUCUCACUAGCCUCUACGCCGGUUAUCCUGACGCCUCAGCAGGAGUAUCGUACCCAAGGCCCAUCGGCAGCGGUAGCGUUUACCUCACCGGCUAUGUGGACAAGCCCGCCCUACGGUGCACGGACUCCUAUGGCGGCCUCUGCGACGCCGCAGCAGACGGUACAGUAUACGAGCCCUCCUCGGCCUCUCUCGAGUUCGAUGAUGAAGAGCCGUUCAGUGAGCGCCCUCCCCACGCGUAA